AUGCUUCGAACCAUGUCCCUCAAACGCAAAGCAUCGUUCUCUACAUUUCCCACUCCUGAUAUGACGCCGGUUGUCGAAGGACCGUCAGUGACAAUGGACGACGCACCGCAUCUGAACAGCCGGACACGAAAGCGCUUUAGGAAUGGCCGUCCGGAAGAGAAGAUAGUAUAUGAAAACACUCUCCGAUGGCUCUACUCAGCCCAGCAGCGACAAGAGUCCACCACUAUAAAUACAAGCACAGAAGACGAGAACGAGAAUACAGACUCAGAACCGCUACCGACACCGGAAACGAUUGAUCCCCGACAACAAACACUACACAGAUUCUUUAAAUCUGCUCCAUCAUCUGCCACUUCCUCGUCGCGCGCGACCCGACAAUCGGCUGGCCCGAUACAGAUGAACAAUGGAUUCUUACAACCAUACUCUCAUAAUAUGAACUCGCCGGGUCUGUCAAUGGGAAGCGAUGAUAAUCGCAGCCCGAGUUCGAGGUUUAUGGUGGCCGAUAUGGAUAUGGAUGUUGAUAUGGAUUCUGGGAGCGAUCAGUCUCUUGGGUCCAAGGGAGACGCUGGGGUUUUUAAAUGGAUGUAG